UCCUCCUCGACGCGCUCCGUAUGAAAGGAGCCGCCGUGGAGCGGCCGGGCUCCACACUGCUGAGGUUCCGGGCUGAGCAGUGUGGACUCGCCUUACUGACCCUCUCAGCCCGCUUUCUACGAACAGGCUCGGGGAGAAGGCCAGCAGGUCCGAACAAGUCCAUCGCAAAACAACAUCUGAGCACAUUGCGGAGCAUCACCUACAGCAUCCGGGCACCUCUGCCCGCAGCGCGGCUCCCACGUGGUUCCCACGUGGCUCCAUCGUCGGUGGAAAUAAGCGCCACAUCGUCGCGGCUUGAACGACGAGUUUACAGCGAAAAUUUUUUACUGAUUUUCUGGGUUUCGCUCUCUUUUACUAAAAAUGUCGGGGGAGAUGGCCUCUCUGGUACUGGAGGACGGAACCGCCUUUAGAGGCCACCUUUUCGGGGCUAGCGCUUCAGUAUCGGGGGAAGUCGUUUUCCAGACUGGAAUGGUGGGCUAUCCAGAGGCGCUCACGGACCCCUCAUAUAAGGCCCAGAUAUUAAUUCUAACUUACCCGCUAAUUGGGAACUAUGGUGUGCCUGAUGAUGAGGAUGGUGAAUUUGGGCUCAGCAAGUGGUUUGAGUCCUGCAGAAUCCACGCCACCGCCCUCAUUGUUGGCGAGCUUUCUCAGAAUCCCAGCCACUGGAGCUCGGCCAGAUCACUAGAUCAGUGGCUCAAAGAGCAAGGCAUUCCUGGACUAGAGGGAGUGGACACCCGCUGCUUGACCAAGAAGAUCAGAGAAAAGGGAACCAUGCUGGGGAAGCUUGUGGUAGAAGGGACCUCGGCUGAGAACAUACCCUUUGAUGAUCCUGACAGUCGGAACUUGGUGAAAGAAGUGUCCUUGAAAGAGCCCAGGGUUUUCAAUCCAGAUGGAAAUUUGAGGAUAGUCGCGGUAGACUGUGGAAUUAAGUACAAUCAGAUCCGCUGCUUGUGCCAGCGAGGCGCACAGGUCACCUUGGUCCCCUGGGAUCACCCUCUGGAUGUCAAUGACUUUGACGGAGUGUUUAUCAGUAACGGCCCAGGAGACCCUCGGUAUUGCAAGAAGACCGUGGAAAACCUGCGCAAGGUCGUGUGUGCGGAGAACCCCAAACCUGUGUUUGGUAUCUGCUUGGGCCAUCAGUUGCUCUCACUGGUCAUCGGGGCAAAGACCUAUAAAAUGAAGUAUGGCAACCGUGGCCAUAACCAGCCCUGCAUCCAUAAGGGGACGGGGCGCUGUUUCAUCACGUCUCAGAAUCACGGUUUUGCGGUAGAUCCCCAGACCCUCCCAGAGGACUGGGACGUGCUCUUCACCAACGCCAACGACCAGACCAGCGAGGGCAUCGUGCACAACUAUAAACCACUCUUCAGUGUGCAGUUCCAUCCUGAGCACAUGGCUGGGCCAACUGACCUGAUUAGCCUUUUUGACGUCUUUCUGGACACUGUCAGAGACGCCAAAGUGGGAAAAACUGGCAAGUCAGUGAAAGAGAGGCUGACAGAGCAUCUUUCCUUUCCUGGCUCUCCGAAGCUGGAGGAGUUUGUUCGGCCCCGUAAGGUGCUGAUUCUGGGCUCUGGAGGGCUCUCCAUUGGACAGGCUGGAGAGUUUGAUUACUCUGGAUCUCAAGCUAUUAAAGCUCUUAAAGAAGAGAAUAUCCAGACUAUUCUCAUCAACCCCAACAUCGCCACAGUGCAGACCUCCAAAGGCCUUGCAGACAAAGUCUACUUCCUGCCCAUUACCCCGGAAUAUGUCACACAGGUGAUAAAGAACGAGCGUCCUGAUGGCGUACUGCUGACGUUUGGGGGUCAGACUGCUCUGAACUGCGGUGUAGAGCUGACCAAGCAGGGGGUGCUGGAGAAGUACAAUGUGAGGGUGCUGGGAACUCCAGUGUCCUCCAUCGAGAUGACCGAGGACAGGAAGAUCUUUGUGGAGAAGAUGGAGGAAAUAAACGAGCAUGUGGCCCCCAGUGAGGCCGCCAUGUCUGUUGAGCAGGCGGUGGCUGCUGCUGAGAGGCUCGGUUACCCGGUGCUGAUCCGCUCAGCGUUUGCGCUGGGUGGACUGGGCUCAGGUUUCGCCAACAACAAAGAAGAAUUGAUCACACUAGUCACACAAGCCUUUGCUCAUACGUCUCAAGUCCUGGUGGAUAAGUCGCUUAAGGGCUGGAAGGAAAUCGAGUACGAAGUAGUGCGAGAUGCUUAUGACAACUGUGUCACGGUUUGCAACAUGGAGAACAUAGACCCACUUGGAAUUCACACUGGAGAGUCUAUCGUUGUGGCUCCUAGUCAGACACUGAACGAUUAUGAGUACAACAUGCUGAGGAACACGGCCAUCAAAGUUAUACGGCACCUGGGGGUCGUGGGGGAGUGCAACAUUCAGUAUGCUCUCAAUCCAGAGUCCGAGCAGUACUACAUUAUUGAAGUGAACGCUCGUCUCUCUCGGAGCUCUGCUCUGGCCAGCAAAGCCACCGGUUACCCUUUAGCCUAUGUGGCUGCUAAACUUGGCCUGGGGAUCCCUCUGCCAGUUCUAAAGAACUCUGUGACCAACUCCACCACGGCCAACUUUGAGCCCAGUCUGGACUACUGUGUGGUAAAGGUUCCUCGCUGGGACCUGAGCAAGUUCCUCCGAGUUAGCACCAAAAUCGGCAGCUCCAUGAAGAGUGUUGGCGAAGUGAUGGCCAUUGGUCGGAGCUUUGAAGAGGCUUUCCAGAAAGCUCUGAGGAUGGUGGAUGAGAAUUGUGUUGGCUUCGACCACACCAUCAAACCGCUAUCUGAGCAGGAGCUGCAGAUUCCUACAGACAAGCGUAUCUUCGUGCUGGCUGCAGCUCUGUAUGCUGGCUACGGUGUUGACCGCCUGUAUGAGCUGACCAAAAUCGACCGCUGGUUCCUGCACAAGAUGAAGAACAUCACAGACCACGAGAAGCUUCUGGAAAUGUUUAAUCAGGACGAGAGUGCCAUGCCACCUGAUGUGAUGAGGAAGGCGAAACAACUGGGCUUCUCUGACAAGCAGAUUGCUUUGGCUGUGCAGAGCACUGAGCUGGCAGUAAGGAAGCUGAGGCGUGAUUGGAAGAUUCUGCCUGUGGUGAAGCAGAUUGACACGGUGGCUGCUGAAUGGCCCGCCCACACCAACUACCUUUACCUGACCUAUCAUGGCACGGAGUGUGACCUGGCCUUUGAGGAGCCCCACGUUAUGGUGAUUGGCUCUGGUGUGUACCGCAUUGGCAGCAGCGUAGAAUUUGACUGGUGUGCUGUGGGCUGCAUCAUGGAGCUUAGGAAGAUGGGUUACAAAACAAUCAUGGUGAACUACAACCCUGAAACGGUCAGCACAGACUAUGACAUGUGCAACAGACUCUACUUUGACGAGAUCUCCUUUGAGGUGGUGAUGGACAUCUAUGAGAUGGAGAAUCCUGAGGGAAUUAUUCUUUCUAUGGGAGGCCAGCUCCCCAACAACAUUGCCAUGGCUCUCCACAGGCAGCAGUGCCGGAUCCUGGGCACUUCACCAGAAUUCAUCGAUUCGGCUGAGAACCGCUUCAAGUUCUCCAGGAUGUUGGACACCAUUGGAAUCAGCCAGCCUCGCUGGAAAGAGCUGUCUGAUACAGAAUCGGUCAUGCAUUUCUGCGAGGCGGUGGGCUACCCAUGCCUGGUGCGGCCAUCCUACGUGCUUAGUGGAGCCGCUAUGAACGUCGCCUACUCUGACAGCGACCUGGAGAAAUAUCUGAGCAGUGCUGUGGCCGUGUCCAAAGAGCACCCCGUCGUUAUAUCCAAGUUCAUCCAGGAGGCCAAGGAGAUUGAUGUUGAUGCGGUUGCCUGUGAUGGAGCGGUCAUUGCCAUAGCAGUGUCUGAGCAUGUAGAAAAUGCUGGUGUCCAUUCGGGGGAUGCUACACUAGUCACACCUCCGCAGGACAUUAACCAGAAGACCAUGGAGCGCAUUAAGCUAAUUGUCCAUGCCAUUGGCCAGGAACUUCAGGUCACAGGGCCGUUUAACCUGCAACUCAUUGCUAAGGAUGACCAGCUAAAGGUGAUUGAGUGCAACGUGCGAGUCUCGCGCUCCUUCCCUUUCAUAUCCAAGGCGCUGGGCGUUGACCUCGUGGCCCUGGCAACACAAGUUAUCAUGGGAGAAGAAGUGGAAGCUGUGGGGCUCAUGAGGGGAAAUGGCAUUGUGGGAGUUAAGGUUCCCCAGUUCUCCUUCUCUCGGCUGGCUGGGGCCGAUGUGGUGCUGGGGGUGGAGAUGACCAGCACUGGCGAGGUGGCCUGCUUUGGUGAGAACCGCUAUGAGGCCUACCUGAAGGCCAUGCUCAGCACGGGAUUCAGAAUUCCCAAAAAGAACAUUCUGCUCUCCAUUGGCAGCUACAAGAAUAAGAGUGAGCUGCUGCCUACAGUUCAGGCUUUGGAAAGUCUAGGCUAUAACCUGUACGCCAGUCUGGGCACCGCAGACUUCUACACUGAGCAUGGUGUGAAGGUUAUGGCUGUGGACUGGCCUUUUGAGGAGGAAAGUGACAGCCCCAACGAGAAGCAGAGGAGCAUCAUGGACUACUUGGAGGAGAACCACUUUGACUUGGUCAUCAACCUGUCCAUGCGAAACUCUGGAGGACGGCGCUUGUCUUCCUUCGUCACUAAAGGAUACCGAACGCGCCGCAUGGCUGUGGACUACUCCGUACCGCUCAUCAUUGACAUCAAGUGCACCAAGCUGUUCGUACAGGCGUUAAGACAGAUUGGUGGAGCGCCGCAGGUAAAGACUCACAUUGACAGCAUGACCUCCCAGAAACUGAUUCGUCUGCCUGGUCUCAUUGAUGUCCACGUACACCUGCGGGAGCCUGGAGCCACUCACAAAGAAGAUUUCUCCUCAGGCACUGCCGCUGCCCUGGCAGGAGGGGUCACCAUGGUGUGCGCCAUGCCCAAUACCAACCCUGCCGUCAUAGACUCAAGCUCUCUCGCUUUGGUCCAGAAGCUGGCGAAGGCUGGAUGCCGCUGCGACUACGCCCUGUAUGUGGGAGCAGCUUCAGAUAACGCCACUAUUCUACCAUCCAUUGCAAGCGCCACUGCUGGUCUGAAGAUGUACUUGAAUGACACAUAUUCAACACUGAAGAUGGACAAUGUUUCUUUGUGGAUGGAGCACUUCGAGAAGUGGCCAAAGAACUUGCCUAUUGUGGCCCAUGCAGAGAAGCAGACCGUGGCAGCUAUCUUGAUGGUAGCCCAGCUUUACCAGAGACCUGUUCACAUCUGCCAUGUUGCUAAGAAAGAGGAGAUCCUGAUCAUCCGAGCUGCCAAGCAGAAGGGCAUCCAGGUGACGUGCGAAGUGUCGCCUCACCAUCUUUUCCUCUGUGAGGACAACGUGCCUGUUAUCGGGGACAGUAGAGCACAGGUGCGACCCAUGCUGGGCACCCGAGAGGACAUGGAGGCACUGUGGGAGAAUCUGGACAUCAUUGACUGCUUUGCCACUGAUCACGCUCCUCACUCAGUGGAGGAGAAAGACUGUGAGAAGCCUCCCCCUGGCUACCCCGGCCUCGAGACCAUGCUGCCUCUGCUGCUUACUGCCGUCAGCGAGGGUCGCCUCACCCUAGACGACAUUGUCAAGAGGCUCUACGAGAACCCAACUCGGAUCUUCUCUCUUCCUGCUCAGGAGAACACCUAUGUGGAGGUGGACUUGGAGCAAGAGUGGGUGAUCCCAAAGCAGAUGCAGUUCACAAAGUCCAAGUGGACACCAUUUGAGGGCAUGAAGGUUAAGGGUAAAGUCAUGAGGGUGGUCCUGAGAGGUGAAGUGGCCUACAUUGACGGACAGGUACUGGCACCUCCUGGUUAUGGUCAGGAUGUCCGAACAUGGUCUUCAACUACAGCUGUCCCUGAGACAGCAAAGGAUGUUCCAAAGACUCCUGAGCGCCCCCGGCAGGCAACUCCCAGCGACUCCCUCCGUACUCGUGCCCCAAGCCCACGCAGAUCAGCUGGAGAAGGACGCUUCAUUCUCCCACCACGGGUCCACCGUGCCUCUGACCCUGGCCUGCCACCAGGUUUAUUGAGGUCACCUUCUCACCUCCUGCAAGCUGUUGCUGAAGAGGAGAAACCGAUAAGAAGAACAUGCGAAUCAGAAGUGGCUGCUGCUGGCGAUGGAUACACACACCCCCCUCCACUGGCCAGGAUUCUGUCCCCACAGGCAGGCCAGCCCCAGGUGGUGUCUCAUCUCCAGACCUCGCCCCUGCUGCACCCUCUAGUGGGCCAGCACAUCCUGUCUGUGCGCCAGUUUACCAAGGAGCAGAUGUCUCACUUGUUCAAUGUGGCUCACACGCUUCGCCUGAUGGUGCAGAAAGAGAGGAGUCUGGACAUCUUGAAGGGUAAGGUCAUGGCCUCCAUGUUCUAUGAGGUGAGCACUCGCACCAGCAGCUCCUUCGCGGCAGCCAUGCAGCGGUUGGGCGGCUCAGUGGUUCACUUCAGCGAGUGCACGUCAUCCACCCAGAAAGGCGAGUCUCUGGCUGACUCGGUGCAGACCAUGAGCUGCUAUGCCGAUGUGAUUGUGCUGCGCCAUCCAGUACCUGGAGCUGUAGAGAAAGCUGCAAAGCACUGUCGGAGACCAGUGAUCAACGCUGGGGAUGGGGUUGGGGAGCACCCCACUCAGGCCCUCCUAGAUGUCUUCACCAUUCGGGAGGAGCUGGGCACCGUGAAUGGCAUGACCAUCACCAUGGUGGGUGAUUUGAAGCAUGGCAGGACCGUGCAUUCCCUAGCCAGGCUCCUCACCCAGUACCGGAUCACUCUGCGCUACGUAGCCCCCAAAAACCUCAGCAUGCCUGCUGAGAUCAUCGAAUUUGUGGCCUCUAAAGGCAUAAAGCAGGAGGAGUUCAGCAGCAUCGAAGAGGCCCUUCCUGAAACUGAUGUCCUUUACAUGACGAGGAUUCAGAAGGAGCGUUUUGCAUCUGAGGAGGAAUACAAAGCAUGCUUUGGUCAGUUCAUCCUCACUCCUCACAUAAUGACUGGAGCCAAGAGGAAAAUGGUGGUCAUGCAUCCUCUUCCAAGAGUUAAUGAAAUUAGUGUGGAGGUGGAUACGGAUCCUCGUGCUGCUUACUUCCGGCAGGCUGAGAAUGGCAUGUACAUCAGGAUGGCGCUGCUGGCCACUGUGCUUGGCCGGUAAAAACCUUGGGGACCAAAAGGACGAAGGGAUCAGCUGGUUAAAGGGAACUGAUGACUGCUGCUUAGAGAGAACUUUAGAAUAACUUUAUAAACCCAGUGUUUGUAUUUCAGUGUCUUUUCAACGCACAACGUCUUUCAUAGUUAUUUUUCCAUAACGUCAUUGUUGCACUGGCGCUGGCUGUCAAUCCUCAUAGAUCACAACCGUACAGAAAUCCGUUAACAUCCUAUCCUUAUGCAAAACCUUCAGUGUGUCAUGGACCAUUUAAAAGGACCAGUUAGUGGAUUUUUCAAGUAAUUGUAGUAAUAUGGUAAUGUUAAGAAAUGGAUUUUGCCUGAAUGAGUCGUGUGUGUGUGUAGUUUACACACGGUUCCAGUGCUGUUUGACCAGCAGUAAGCAUUCCAUUUAUAUAAAGAGUAUAAUAAUUACUGUUCAUUAUACACCGUUGAUUUACUGUCGUUCAGUGCUUCACAACAAUCUGGUGAUAUGAUUUUGGCUAUUGUCAGUUUCUAUUUUAAGAUAAUAAAACUCGAUUUUUCACAAUGA